AAUCGACUCCGCGGGGCAGAGACAGAGCGCUGAGCGAGUUGCCUGCUGAAGACAGGAAGAAUGCGCUGAAACCGCAGAGUGGACAUGAACCAGAGUCUCCAUGAUGAGUCAAACUGAGCAGAUGGAGAUGGCAGGGCCGAGUAGCAGCGGUAACACUCGGCCAGUGAAGAUGAAGAGCUGGGGAGGCCUGCGCCAGCGCUGGAAGCUCCUGGGUGUGUUUGAAAUCGACCAGCAGCACGAGUUCUACCCUCUGACUUGCAUGAUGAAGGAGGGCCUGGCUGCUGCUGUGCAGAACACAAUCGACAACCCAAUACCCAACGAACUCUGUGACGAUGAUUAUCAACUGGAAGUGAUGCAAAUCCAUAAGGGCUUUAAGAUGGAGACGUUCGCAGGGCCGGUGUUUGCCAGCCUGCGGCGCUCUCUGGGGAUGACAGAGAAAGAGUAUCAGCAUUCCCUCUCUUCUGAAGGCUGCUACCUGCAAUUCAUCAGCAAUUCAAAGAGCAAAGCGGACUUUUUCCUAACGAAUGAUAAACGGUUCUUCCUGAAGACACAGAGCAGAAGGGAGAUUCGGUUUCUACUCUCUCACCUAAAGCAUUACAUGGAUCAUCUGGAGAUGUACCCCCACUCUCUCCUGGUUAAGUUCUUAGGUGUCCAUAGCAUCAAGAUCUGCAACCGAAGGAAGUAUUUUAUAGUGAUGCAAAGUGUCUUCUAUCCCGAUGAAAGAAUAUGUGCCAGAUAUGAUAUCAAGGGCUGCGAAGUGAGCAGGUGGACAGACCCGGCACCCGAAGGAAGUCAAGUCAUUGUUGUUCUCAAGGACCUGAAUUUCGAGGGAAGGUUCAUCACAUUAGGUGAUGCUCUGUGUGCCGUAGUUUACUGCAAGAAUAAAUUAGACCAACAGCGUCCUUGGCUGCUCCGCCAGGUACAAAUCGACACAUCCUUCCUACAGACACUGAAUGUACUGGACUACAGCCUCCUGCUGGCCCAUCAGCCCCUGCAUAAGGACGAGCGUCACCCCAGCCUGUCCUUCGCCUCCCUCAUUAUGCGCACCAAAAAAUCCCUCACUUUGCUUUCCACAAGGCCAGUAAAAGGCAGGUCAUUAAACACAAGCUCCCGUGCUGCUGUACCAGGAGUGGUGCCUGAGGAUGACUCAAGCAUCCAAACCCCAGAGCUGGAUCCAGGGACGUCUCAGUAUCAGAUCGCAAAGGCGUCUCAGGCAGAAUUUGGGGAACAGAACGACGAGGCCUCUACGGUCGAAUCUAAAUCGGCUGAAUUACUGGAGUUUCAGGCCCAGAACCGGAGGCUGCUGCCUAACUUCAAAAACCCAAUUCAUGUAAUAGACGGACCUGAGCAACGCUAUUUCAUCGGCAUCAUUGACAUCUUCACAGUUUACGGCUUCAAAAAGAGGCUCGAGCACCUGUGGAAGAGGCUGAGACAUCCUGGACAAAGUUUCUCCACUGUCAGCCCUCCUGCUUACUGUGUGAGACUGUGCCAGUGGGUACAGGACCAUACCAAUUAGACUGUGAUGACGAUAUGUGCUGACAACAUGCGGCGAACAUGCUUGUAGAUACAAACAGGUCAUGCUAAAGCAGAAAGAAUUGAAUUGCUCUGGUAAAUAAGAGUGCCUAUGUGUGGUUGCAAACAUUUAGCCACAGUGCCAACAUAAGAUCUUACUACUAAUCAAUUUGCUUAGAAAUAACAGGACGCCAAGCACUAAAAUCCCCUCAAAAAGACACUAGAGUCAUUCUGCCAGGUCUAUGAUUAGAGUUUAUACAAAUUUGAAUACAGAAAAGUUUUUGUUAAAGAUUUUCCUUAUAACUCUCUUGUGCAACUUAAUUGUUAAAGGUUGAACAGUGUCUUUUGUGGUACAGAAGAUCAUGAACUGAAUUAGACAGUCAAUGACUCUUAAAAACCAACAACCGAUUAGUCAGUUUAAAGUAAACCACAUGAACACAAAUAGAGAAAUACCCGGGUAUGUAAUUAGUUGGGGCCCUUAGCGUUGGUGCACGUUUGAUAAGGCAUCCAUUCAGCAACAAAGCAGGUGUUUUCAGAUUUCAGCAUGUUUCUCACGAAACCAAAUGAUUCUCACUCAGUAAAACAGAGAUUUCUCCAGCUGUAUCCCUCCCUGCUGCAGGGUCAUUCUUGAAGAAAAACCAGGAAGAGUUGUAGGCGAGUUGUAGCCACAGUGCCAACAUAAGAUCUUACUACUAAUCGUUUUGCAUACAAAUAAAUCCCCUCAAAAAGACACUAGAGUCGUUCUGCCAGGUCUAUGAUUAGAGUUUAUACAAAUUUCAAUACAGAAAAGUUUUUGUUAAAGAUUUUCCUUAUAACUCUCUUGUGCAACUUAAUUGUUAAAGGUUGAACAGUGUCUUUUGUG